AGCCGACACAGUGGUUUGCACAGCUAUGUUUGCUUACAUGGAUAAAGCACUAAAAUAAAGAAGAGAUAAAAUGUCCUGAGGCUGUGAACAACUUGCUGCUCCUUCAGCUCACCUACAACAGACAGUGGUGCCUGUAGCCACAUCACUGAUAGGUAUGGAUAACACGUUCAGCCAGUGGAAGAAGCAGUGUCUGAACAAGAUGGACCAGAGUAAGAAGGGCUCCGUGGACCAGGACAUCGAACAUGUCGUGUCGCUGCUCAACAGCCGAGAGGAGUUCUUCACCACUAGCUCCUGCUCCGGGAGAACCAUCCUCAUCGACGGGGCUCCAGGGAGCAGUGGUGUCCAGAAACAGAACUGUACCUGGUUGUUCGUCUCACACCAGAAGUGCACAUCUGAAGACCUGAUGUCUGGCCUGGAAAAGUCAAGUGGAGAUGCUGUGUUGAAGUUCGAGCCCUUCGUUCUCCAUGUCCAGUGCAGGAGGUUGGAAGAUGCACAACUUAUGCACUCUGUGGCCGUCAACUCAGGAUUCAGGAACUCUGGUCUCACUGUCGGAAAGGCAGGAAAGAUAAUAACGGCGGUCCGUAGCACCCAUGGGCUGGAGGUACCUCUGAGCCAUGAAGGAAAACUCUUGGUUGGGCGGGAGUACCUGAACUUCCUUACCCAGACAGCCAAUCAGAAGAUGGAGGAGAACCUUAGACGGAUCCACAGGUUUUACCAGAACCUUCAGGCAGCUCUGAUUACAGAGAAACUACAGAAACUACAACUCCCCCCUGACAGAUUGGAGACAGAAAAAGACGAGAUGGACAAAACAAGUGUGUAUAAACGGAGGCGUAAGAGAGAACAUCAGACCGACUGUUGCCAUGGUGACGGAUCCAGUAGUGUGGAAGAGCUAGAUGUCUGUCUGGAUCUAUUAACAUGAAGUGGUGGCUCUGCACACAUGCCAACUGGCUUAAUGUGUCAUCGUCUGGUUAAUGGUGUUAUUGUGAAGGCCUCACUGCUGAUUUAGCCAUGGUAACAGCAGAUUUUAAUCGUUUUAAAUGUGUCUGCUCACUGGAAUAAUAACAGCCUUCAUUUCUUCACCAGCACAAUAUUGGCUGAGCUGCUACAAUAAUGGGAACAUAAUAAAUAUUUUUAUACUUCA